UUGUUCCCACAAAUUUAAGAAUUCAGCCUCAAAAACUUUUAAGUCCAACUUGCUAUUUUGAAGUGGAAGUCAUGUUUCUGGACGAUUUUGGAAACCCAUUGGAGGCCACUCCCGAGAAUCUGCACACUUAUUCUUACGAGCUGCAUGGCACCAAGCUGCUGACAUCGGCGGACCAGGAGUUCUAUUUGCCGCCAAAGUGGCAUGGCACUAUUUACAGCACUGAGGAAUUAUUGCGCACUUACAGGAACCGGUUCAAUCCGGAUCCCACACUGCUGACCUUCCACGCGAUGGAGCCCUACGAGCCGGAGUUCAUCUGCUGCCAGAGGAAGGUUGUGGAGCUGACCGUCUUACCGGCUGGCCAAAGCCUCUACAGCGACAAGGAGAUUGUGGUCUUCCUGAUCAAGCAGCCCUCCCAGGAGAAGAACCUGCUCGUCCUCAAGGAGCUGGGCACCGAGCUGAACUUCUUCCCGCAGCACCACCACUACCACGCCCGCAUCAUGGACGAGGGCAUCGACGAGGUCUACGUGGACGACUCGAUCUACAAGAGUGCCUCGCCCAGCAGCUACCAGCACCAGCGGCUCUACAACCUGAUCAGGAACAUCCAGCCGGGAGCCGUGCUGAGCCUCUCGGGAGCCGCCUUGCCCGACGCCCUACGCUCCGCCUGCAGGAAACCUUCCCACGGAGUCCGGCUCCACAACUAAGGAGCUCCUCCUGCCGGAAGUCACAGCCCCACAACAUGCACAGUCCGGAUUAAUAAACUCUGCGACUGCAAAAGA